AUGAGCGCCAACAGCAACAGUCAAGAUGCGGCCCGACAGCCGCCCCAAGUGCAGCCGUGCAGAUACAAGGUCGGGAAGACCCUCGGCGCUGGCUCCUACUCGGUCGUCAAGGAAUGCGUUCAUAUCGACACAGGCCGCUAUUAUGCUGCCAAAGUUAUCAAUAAACGCCUUAUGGUCGGCCGGGAACACAUGGUCCGUAACGAAAUUGCCGUCCUAAAGAAGGUUUCCAUGGGCCACCAAAAUAUCCUGACCCUGGUCGAUUACUUCGAGACCAUGAAUAACCUGUACCUUGUGACCGACCUUGCCCUCGGUGGCGAGCUCUUCGAUCGUAUUUGCCGGAAAGGCUCAUAUUACGAGUCCGAUGCCGCCGAUCUCAUCAGAGCGACGCUCUCGGCUGUUUCUUAUCUCCACGACCAUGGCAUUGUCCACCGCGACCUAAAGCCGGAGAACCUGCUCUUCCGGACGCCAGAAGACAACGCCGACCUCCUUAUUGCUGAUUUCGGGCUCAGUCGCAUCAUGGACGAGGAACAGUUCCAUGUCCUUACCACCACUUGCGGCACCCCUGGCUAUAUGGCCCCGGAGAUUUUCAAGAAGACCGGGCACGGAAAACCCGUCGAUAUCUGGGCCCUGGGCGUCAUCACAUAUUUCCUUCUUUGCGGUUACACUCCUUUCGACCGUGAUUCGGACUUGGAAGAAAUGCAGGCCAUUCUCAAGGCCGAGUAUGACUUUCGGCCUUCCGAAUAUUGGCGAGGCGUCUCCGACCAUGCCAAAGACUUCAUCCGACGCUGUCUUACAGUCGACCCCACCAAGCGCCCUACCGCCCACGAAGCGCUCCACCACCCCUUCGUGGCAGGCUGGCUCUCCGGUACCGACCAGCCCGGAAACAACCUGCUCCCUACCGUCAAAAAGAACUUCAAUGCUCGCCGCACCCUUCAUGCCGCCAUCGAUACUGUCCGUGCCAUCAAUAAGUUGCGCGAGGGCCAAAACCAAAACCACCUCAUGUCCGGCUCCACUUCACGCGAGCCGAUGCGAGGGGCCCCGCCGCAGCCGUCGGCCAAGGGUGUAGGAAGUAAAGAAGACAGCGCCAUCAGCAUGGGAGCAGAAUCACUCCAGGGCAAAGAUUCCGGGUAUGCCACGCAGGGGGAGGCCCCAGAUGUCACCAUGGUCGAUGCUGCGUCGACACCGGACAAUGUUCCUGCGUCCUUGCAGCCGGGUAACCCGGUAAAUCGCCUUGUAGAGACGACCAAGGGACUCUGGACCCCGCCUCGGCGAUAA